GCAUUGUUUGCUUGAUUGAACCGCGAUUCUUCUUACACCGCUUCUGCAUACAUCGGAAUUCCAUUUGAUCCACAUCAUCAGCAUUCGUUUGCACCUGGAUACCAUGGUAACCAGUAAACACCAGUACGCAAUGACGACACGGGGCGCAGCUCCACGGGUCGCGUUCGGUAGCUGCCAGAAACGCCUGAUGUUUCCCACACAUUUUGCGCCUGAUCGCAUGGGCAAUGAAAUGCUCGCGCUCUGCGGCUCCCAGGAACUAGGACCCGGAUGUUACGACAACCACACGGUGGGUACUCUUACAUAUGAGCUCCAACACAGACCUGAGAGUAAGAAGGGAUAUGUGCUAGGAGCGCGCACUGCACCGCGCUUUCUGCCUCAAAUUAAGACGGCCACCCCUUCACCACAGAAAUAUCAGCAGGACUGGACUUGGUCUAAAGUGUGUCCUCCUGGAAAAGCACCAUUCAAUAGUACCACUGCAAGAAUUAUUAGAUAUUCAAAUACAAAUUCCAGCCCUGGUCCAGGGGCAUAUGUUCAAGAUAACAUCCAAAGCAGGAAGGUGUUGUGGCCUAUGAAAUUCGGCUCUCCAGAUUGGUCAAAAGUGCCAUCGCUGGAGAGAAGAGCACUGCGUACAGAGCUCUACCAUGACAAAGAGUUUAGGAAACAGAAGAACAGGGUGGCAUAUCUAAGCUUGUUUUACUGAUGACACUAAAAUGCUACCACUAAAAUUUCAGUUUGAUUGUCAAUGCAUACAAACAUUAAAGCUUUAUAAAAGAAGUUUUCCUAUUUCUGUCCAGUGUGAAACCUUAUUUUUGAGGUUCAUUACU